AUGCAAAGUAUGCAAAAAUUAUAUCAAAAACUUUUUUCUUUUCUUGAUUCACAAACUUUAUUCGCGACAACUAGAGUUGAUCGUGUUUGGUGUAUUAAUUCUAUACCAAUUUUAUGGCGUGAACCUUUUAUUACAAUUUCUUAUCAUGAACACCUUUACAAUUAUACCGAAAAAGCUUUACUCAUCGUUAAAAUAUAUUUAUCUUGUCUUCCCGAUGAAUCAAAAUCAAUUAUUAAGAAUUCCGGAAUAAAUAUACCUUAUCCAUUAGAUGGAACUCCUACUUUUAAUUAUUCUUCAUUUUUACAUAAUUUGAAUUAUUUAGUUUUAUCUAAUUCUUUAUAUGAUUUAAUAUCAUAUGAACCAAAUUCUUUACUUAGAAUUAAACCAUGUAAAAUAAUUAUACAAGAAUUACUUAAAUUCUUAAUAAGUAAUAGUUCGGGUCUGAGAUCUAUUGAUUUGACGAAUCCUUUAAUAUCCAAAGGUUCACCGAUGCCUCUUAAAUAUUUAGGAAAAUCUUUUAUGAAUAUAUUUAGUGUUCCUGGAGCAAAUACUUUUAUUUCAAAUUUACAAAGUUUUAGUUGUACAGGACAUUCACCACCUGAAUUGAUUUAUUCAAUAUCCGAGAUGGCAAAGAGAAUUCGUUCAUUGGGAUUACAAGAUUUACAAGACAAUGAUGGAAUAAUAGCGUUAAUUAAUGCCCAAAAAGAAUUAAAAUAUGUUAGAAUAGAUUCUUAUUAUCCUUCUGAUAUAUCUCAAAUUUAUUCAGCUUUAAAGAGUCAAUCAAAUUCACUUUGUAAAGUAUCAAUAAUUGGUCAUGAAAGAUUUCUUUUGGAUUUAUUUUGUCAAUGUCCAAAUUUAGAAGAAUUCAUAUUUAUUCAUGAUAGACCGGAAGAUAAAGAUUAUGAUGAUUUGGUUCAUCCCUUGGAAGGAAAAAUUCAAGUUCGUGAUAGACCUCGAUAUCGUCAACCAUCAAAUACUCGUACAAAUAUUUUAUCAGCUCAAGCUCAAUUACAUGCUUCAAUUCCAAUUUUAAAUUUAACGAAAUUACGUAAAAUGAAAAUUCACCAAAGAUUAUUUAGAACUGAACAUCGAUCCAUGUUAAUUCAAUUAAUUCAAAAAACUCAAGGAAGUUUACAAGAUAUUGAUUUUGAUUUCAUCGUUCCUUUGGAUCCUGGUUUCAGUAAACAAUUAUUUAUGACCAUUUGUAGUGAAUGUCCAAAUCUUCAAAGGCUAAAUAUUCAAAUUCAUAAUGAUUUAAUUACUCAGGUGACAAGAUUAUUUGAUAAUUGUGAAAAUUUAAUAGAAAUUCAUUUAUCCGGUUCUCAUGAUGAUACUCGGGAUAUUACUAAUACCAUCUUUAAGAUUGGUAAAUAUUUACCAAAAAAUUUACAAUUAUUUGAUUUGAAUUUACAAUUUUGGACAUAUUCUUUAAGUUCAGUGAAAAGUUUUUUAAGUCAAUGUUAUGAGAAAUUAAAUAGGAAACCACUCAUUUAUGUUAUUCAUAUUAGAUUCUUUAAACAAGAACUUAAAGAUUUACUUGAUCAAUAUGAAAAGAAGGGUGUAAUUGUGGUUAAAACUAGGAAAGUUGCUUAUGUUGAUUUAUUCUUUUAG